AUGUCUCAGAGCGGUAUAACCGAUUCGCCAUCUGCCUCGCUACCUUUAGACAUGACCACAGAAGAUCCAGUUCCGUCUGCACCCAAAGCCGUUUAUAGAUUCUUCGAACCUAUUAUACUUUUCACGGCGCUUAUCGAGGCAGUUAAACAUACAGCUAAGCCGCCUACGCCCGAGCCAAACAUCGACAUUACGGACCCGAAGCAGCUCUUCUGUGCUGUCAACAACAAGCUUUGUCAUGUCUGCGAUUACGAAAGAGGGGGUCGUACUGUCACAUCUUUUGUCGCACUCCCAGACAAAAGGGACCCUUCGAAAGCUCAGUUCGUGUUCGCAGUCAACCGGCAGACUGACGGCCAACUACAAGACACAGCGAUAUAUGUCAGAGCUCUAUUUCGGAAAAUAAACCAGGCACCACAAGGCGAAAAAAACCAACAUGAAGCGAGGGGGGCGCUGCUUUACCAUAUUCUGCGUUUCAAUCGACCCCGAGUCUCCUUCUAUCUACGUAACCUCCGGUCUCAGGCAGAGAUGUGCCUUGGGAGGUGCCAAUCGGCUAAUCCGGAAGACAGCCUCAUUGCAGAAGAGUUAAAGAAAAUUCUAGUUUCUCCUCCUCUUGGCUCAGACCCCCUCAGAGAUCGAGAAGUUGAUUAUAUGCAUAAAUGCGAGACAACUAUCCAGCUUCUGAUCCAACUCGAAAAAUCCACAGCCGGCGCAGCGAUCAAGAGCCGCGCUUUGGAAGAUCGAAUUCCCGGCUUCACGAGCAUGGAAUGUUGGUCAUUGCUGUUCCAUACGAUGAAUCGUAUCUUGGCCUACCCGCAAUCAGCGAAAUUCUUCUUACGUGCAAAGAGAGUAUGGCCCAGCCUCUUCGAAAAUCCGGAUGUUGGCUUCCUCUCAUCGAGUCGCCCGAUGGAGAAGCCAGCUCGGCAGAAGAUCCAGAAAGCCGAUGGCAUAGUUGGGCGCAUGACCAGCAACCCAGAAGACAUUGAACUUUACAGAAAUUUUGCAGAAUCGUUGCAGGCGUUCGACCUCGACGCUCGAAUUCAUACAGAAUUCAAAAAGAAAACAUUCAAGCCUAUCGCACAUGCAGAAGUUAUCUUGCUCAACUGGCUGUUGAAGCCAGAAGAAGUCGCCCCUGAGAAGUUUUUCAAUGGUUGGGCGUACAUCGGAAGCAGUAAGCGGACUUGUAAGCUGUGCGAUUAUUAUUUCCAAGAGCACCGAUCUAAUGUCGAACAUCGAAUCUCCCACGGCAACUUCUAUCCUAGCUGGCGCAUUCCUGACGUUUUCCCGCAUCAAGGUAAGGAGGCCAAGCAGCAAAGACAACUCAUGAUAAACAGAGUAUUGGACAGAGUGCGCCAGGAUACUUUUAAUAUUGUGGAAGAGAAAGCUUCACCGAUUAUAAAAAGGGCUGACUCUAAUACCUUUUCGGCUCGGUUGACAAUUAGCACGGAAGAAAAAUGGCAUGUACGUGGAUCGGAAGCUGACGACGUCGACGAUAUUGCAUCCAAAAUGGGAGGUGUAAGCCUGAGCUCUUAA